AUGGGGCUGUGUCAUGGAAAACCCGUUGAAACCUCACGAAGUGAAGGUGGGCACCACGUUUUCCCCGGCGAGAAAGAGGUGGUGGUGGCUGCGAGUCCCAAAACCUCCACGAAAGGUUCAAAGUUUCCGUUUUACAGCCCAAGCCCGUUGCCGAGCCUGUUCAAGAACUCGCCGGCGAACUCUAGUGUGAGUUCGACUCCUCUGCGGCUCUUCAAGCGGCCCUUUCCGCCUCCGUCGCCGGCGAAGCACAUUCGGGCCUUACUGGCCCGCCGCCACGGCUCCGUCAAGCCCAAUGAAGCCUCCAUCCCAGAAGGGAGUGAGUGUGAGGUUGGGCUCGACAAGAGCUUCGGCUUCUCCAACCACUUCCACACUCACUAUGAGCUCGGGCCCGAAGUGGGCCGUGGCCACUUUGGCUACACUUGCUCUGCCAAGGGAAGAAAGGGCGCCUUCAAGGGUCAUGAUGUUGCUGUCAAAGUCAUUCCAAAGUCCAAGAUGACAACAGCAAUUGCUAUAGAGGAUGUAAGGAGAGAAGUAAAGAUAUUGCGAGCUUUGACUGGGCACAAGAAUCUGGUGCAAUUCUAUGAUGCCUAUGAAGACAACGAUAAUGUUUAUAUAGUUAUGGAGUUAUGCAAAGGAGGUGAACUGCUUGAUAAGAUUCUUUCCAGGGGUGGAAAGUACUCAGAAGAAGAUGCAAGAACUGUUAUGAUUCAGAUAUUAAGUGUGGUAGCUUUCUGUCAUCUGCAGGGUGUUGUUCAUCGUGAUCUCAAGCCAGAGAAUUUUCUCUAUAUUUCUGAGGAAAAUUCCACUCUGAAGGUCAUUGAUUUUGGACUCUCUGACUAUGUGAAGCCAGAUGAAAGGUUGAAUGAUAUUGUUGGAAGUGCAUAUUAUGUAGCUCCUGAAGUUUUGCAUAGAUCUUAUGGGACAGAAGCAGAUAUGUGGAGCAUUGGUGUAAUUGCUUACAUUCUUCUAUGUGGAAGCCGACCCUUUUGGGCAAGGACAGAAUCUGGCAUAUUCCGGGCUGUCCUGAAGGCAGAUCCAAGUUUUGAUGAAGCUCCUUGGCCAUCUUUAUCAGCUGAUGCAGUAGAUUUUGUAAAGAGACUGUUGAACAAAGAUUAUCGGAAAAGGCUAACUGCAGCUCAGGCUCUCAGUCAUCCAUGGCUGACGAGUCAUUGUGAUGAUGUGAAGAUACCUUUUGAUAUGAUAAUCCACAAGCUUGUUAAAGCUUAUAUAUGCUCAUCUUCUUUACGCAAAUCAGCAUUAGGGGCUCUUGCAAAGACAUUAACAUUAGUGCAGCUAGCAUAUCUGAGAGAACAGUUCAACAUGUUAGGGCCAAACAAAAGUGGGUUAAUCUCCAUGCAGAACUUCAAGACGGGUAUUUUGAGGAGUGUCACCGAUGCCUCAAAGGAUUCAAGGGUCUUAGAUUAUGUGAACAUGGUUAGUUCAAUCCAAUAUCGCAAAUUAGAUUUUGAGGAAUUUUGUGCUGCUGCUAUAAGUGUCCAUCAGCUAGAGGGCAUGGAGAGCUGGGAGCAACAUGCAAGGCGUGCCUAUGAGUUGUUUGAAAAGGAAGGAAAUAGACCAAUUAUGAUUGAAGAGCUUGCCUCGGAACUUGGUCUUAGCCCUUCAGUACCAAUUCAUGUGGUACUGCAAGAUUGGAUAAGACACUCAGAUGGGAAGCUUAGCUUCUUGGGGUUUGUGAGACUCCUGCAUGGCGUUUCUUCUCGCACAUUUCAGAAGGCUUGAGAGAGAGAGAAGAGACAUGAUUGGUACUAUUUUUUUGUGACCCUUAUUGAUGAUACUCCAACAGCAGCAGAGUUUCUUGAUCUUGGUUGCACACAUGGCUUCAGCAAAGGCAAAAGCUUUAGCUAGAAGAAGGGUGGUGAUCUGCAACAUCUCCCUCUGUGAAGUUCCCUCCUUAUGCGUUCUUGAAACACAACACUUUGCUUCAGAUUGAUUGGUGGUGCUGGAGUUAAGGCUUGUACAGAUGAAAGUAGAGCACAGGUUGUACUUAGAAAGUAGUGGAACUUCCAUAAAAGUGAGUUGUGUUUUGGGGUUUAUCUAUCUCUGUUACCCAUCACACUUGUCAAUAAACUAUUUCUACUUAUCUCAACUGCUUUUUCUUUUUACAUCUCUUUUUCUUCUCAUAAUAGGAAAACUACAUACAUUAUUAUUCAAGUUGAUUGAAAAAUGGUAACUUUUUAUGGA